AUGUCAUCCUUUUUCUCGUCACUGUUUUUUCUGCUUCUGAUUAUUCAACCAUGGCCAAUGAAUCUCACCCAAGCAGAAAAAAACAUAUUCAUAUUAGCCGGACAAAGCAACAUGGCCGGCAGAGGAGGCGUAACAAACGACACAACAACCGGUUUAACAACCUGGGACGGUGUCAUUCCACCUGAAUGCAACCCAAACCCUUCAAUUCUGAAACUCAACUCACAUCUCAAAUGGGUGGAAGCGCAAGAGCCUCUUCACGAAGACAUAGACAGAGAAAAAACAAACGGGAUUGGACCCGGAAUGGUGUUUGCGAACCAUGUGUUGGGAAAAAACAUGGGAGUUGGCGUGGUGGGGUUGGUGCCAUGUGCGAUUGGUGGUACCAAUAUAAGUGAAUGGGAAAAGGGUAAAGGGCUUUAUAGCCACAUGAUGAAGAGGGUUAAGGCUUCGUUGCGUGAGGGUGGUGAUGUUCGGGGGAUUCUUUGGUUUCAAGGAGAGUCUGAUACGGUGAGUUUAAGGGAUGCGGAGGCUUAUCAGAGUAAUGUACGGAGGUUUUUCUUGGAUGUUCGGGGUGAUUUGCAGGCUCCAUUGCUUCCUAUAAUUCAGGUGGCUUUGGCAUCUGGGUCAGGCCCAUACGUAGAGAUAGUGAGACAAGCCCAGCUGAGUAUUGACCUCUUGAACCUGAAAACUGUGGAUGCUAAGGGCCUGCCUCUUCAGCCCGAUGGGCUUCAUCUUUCGACCCAGGCCCAAGUUGAGCUUGGAAAGAUGAUGGGUGAUGCGUUCCUUCAAUUUGUACCUUCUUCUAUUCCAAAUCCAAAUAUACAUCAUAAUGUUAGUCAAAUACGUAAGGAGGCCUCAAAUUCUGUUGGGAUUUCUAAUUGUCUUUCUCAUAUUUACAUGGUUUCCUUGUUCGUAACAUUUCUCAUAAUGAUUUCUUAA